UUACAUUCUGGAUAAAAAAAGAUUAGGGCUUCUUACCUGAAAGACAUUCAAGCCACCACCGAAACCAUUUCAACGAUCUCCAUCGAAACCCUUUCUCUUAUAUAUAUAUAUAUAUAUCGAUUCCUGUCUCCAGCCGCCAGAAACCACACCGAACGACGGCCUUGAAGCUGAUUCCCGCCGAGGAGACGUGGAAUAGCCGAGUGCCGUUAAGUUAGACGAGCUAGCUGAUCUUGCAGCCCUCCCGAACUCCAUCGUCACAUCCCGAACUCUCUUGCCGCCGUCCUUCUCUGGCUGAGAAUUUUAACAACGUUGAGGACGAGGAAGAGGAGACCUUUGAUAAGUCCAAGUCUGUGAUCAAAUAACUGUGCCGUCAUUUCUCCUUAUAGAUUUAAUUAUUGGGAGUGGUGUUGAUGGGACAACACCUGGCCAAUAGCACAAUGUUAUUGUAUCAAGAAGAUUAUUUGGGUUAGAGGAGGCCACGAGGUUAAGAAGCCUGCAACCUCAUCAAGCCUCAAUCUCUCCGAGAUCGAGCUAAGCUGUAAGAAAAAGAAGGGAAAAUCUGGCAGUUUUCAUGCUUGAAAUGCUUCUAAGAAGAUCUAGAUUUGCUUAUUUUGUUGGAAAACGAUUUUUCAGUAACGAUGUCAUUGAUCAUGCUGUUGUUGAGCUAAAUAAGGAAAUGGAAUUAAUCUUCGGUGAAACUCCUCCGUCUAGUGUCAUGGACUCAACAUCACAAACCCAAGAAUCUCAAGUUACUACUUCUAGAUUAGAUGAAAGCCAGCAAAGCCUAUCCCAUGUUGAUGUCUGUGGGCAAGUUAGUAUGGUCGACAUAUCUUCCAAAGCUGACAGCAAAAGAGUAGCUGUGGCUGGUUGCAGAGUUCUCUUGGGAAAAAAAGCAUUUGAUCUGGUUGCAGCCAAUCAGAUUGCCAAAGGAGAUGUUCUCGCAGUUGCAAAGAUAGCUGGAAUUAGUGGAGCAAAGCAGACUAGCAACCUCAUCCCACUAUGUCAUAACAUCGGCCUCACUUAUGUUCAGCUUGAUCUAACUCUGAAUGGGAAAGACUGCAGUGUGGAUAUAGAAGGGGAAGUUGCAAUAACAGGAAAAACCGGUGUGGAGAUGGAAGCAAUGACUGCAGUCACGGUAGCUGGUCUUACAAUUUAUGAUAUGUGUAAAGCUGUUUCAAAGGAUAUCAGUAUUACAAAUAUCCAUCUUAAGCACAAAAGUGGAGGAAAAAGCGGUCACUGGUCCAAAAAUUCAUGAGAUCUGUAUCUGGGAUAGUUGAAGUUCCUCUUUGAAUUGUUAGGCAUUUGUCUUUCCACCAUUGUAGAUUUUUGUUUCUUCAUGCAUGAAGCUUUUGGUCUCUUUGAUAAUGACUUAUAUAGCCUUUGUUUCUUCA